AUCGAAUAAAAAUUGCUGUGGGAAAAAAACAAUUUUUGUGGCACAACUCCUUAAGCAGUAUUUUGUUCCAACUAUUGCAUUGGAAAAGUCUGUUGAAGCGAAUGAAGCCGAGGUUGCGACUUUUAAGAGUUUCUUCUACUAGACUGGUUGCUACUUUUUUGUUUUUAUUGCUGUGUUCCUUGUUCCUUUUGCUCCAGUUGCUAUACAAGAGAUCAACUAUAAGUAUGAAAACAGACUGGAAACCUGAAACAGACCCAAUCAUAUUGGAACUUCUCCAGAAAGCAGCUAAUAAGACUUCGCCUUCAGAAGAUGAGUUGUUUCAGGAUAUUUUGGUGUUGCCUAGAGAAGAUCCUCGAUGGGAAGAAAUAAAUAAGAUUCACAAGAGUCCUUAUUGGGACAAGUCUGUGGUAAGUCAGACUUGGGGAGGGAAGACCAAAGUUUGGUGUCCACCUGCCCAUAACAAUUGUGUUGCAGACGAGUUCCGUUCAGUUAUAUGGUGGAUUGACUUCACAAAUGAAAGACUGGCUAACGAAGCAGGCGAGUUUGAGAAAGUUAUUUUAAAAGAACACUACACGGAAUCCCACGAACAAAAUCUUGUAUUAUAUGAGGCUACAGAUUACAACUAUAAUAGUAACUGGACUAUGGCCUUACCUACAACUUAUGCAGCUUCUCCCAUUUUGAGAGCUACAAGACCUGAACUGAGCCUUGCUUUCUUUAUUCAAGUUAGUGAGAGCAAUCUGCACAUGUUUCCACGCAUGUUUAACAAAAUUUAUCACGAUAAGAAUGUUUAUGCCAUUCACUUCGAUAAGCAUGUUUCUGAGCAAGAUAUGGAAGAAGCACUAAAAAAUAUUGGUUUUAAGCAAUCCAACAAUGUAAUUUUAUUACCUCGUGAAAAAGUGUCCUAUUGGGGAAUAUCAAUGCUUCUGAAUACUAUUUCUGCCAUAACUGAAUUAUUAGAUAAGAGCUCUCAUUGGGAUUAUUUCAUCAAUUUAUCAGCUGCUGAUUAUCCAUUGAUUACUCCAUCCAAACUGAGACAACUUUUCGCUCAAGCUGCUGGAGAACCAGAAUAUAAUUUUAUUCAAGUACUUGGUGCGAAUGCUGCUAGGGAUCACGACUAUCGAGUGAAGCAAAUUCAUUUCGAUCCUGCUUUAUUUGAUGCGGAGGGAAAUGAUCUAUAUACGAUAUCGGACAGAAGUCAUCCUUAUGCACGACAAGACAAUAUGAACAUCCAAAAGGGAGAAGCCUGGAUGAUCUUGUCUCGUUCCUUUUGUAGAUAUGUUACAAGAGAAAUGGAUCCAAAACGUUAUUUGAUUCGCUUUGCAACUGCUUCUGCGUCCGAUGAAUUGUAUUUUCAAACAGUAUUUUGGAACUCUCCUUAUCGUCCUACCAUAGUCAAUCGAAUUUUUAGAGCUAUAUUCUGGUUUCAUCCCUUAAAUGGAACUUCGGGUGCAAGACCAUAUAACUUAGAUCAAGCUUCUUUAUUUUAUGACUAUAUUCGAUGUACUGGGGCAUUCUAUAAUUGACCGUGAACUUCUUAAUGAAAGCAGUGAUAUAAGU